CGCACUCCCGCCAAGCCAAUUUUGGCCUGGUUAGGAUUGCUCCUACUUUCCGGCCUGCUUCGCGAAGGUCUCGGUCCAAUAUGAAGGUGCGGGAUGUUACCGAGCUUCCGCGGGAAGUCCACUUCUCAAACAGCGACUAUUGCGAACCAAAGUCCGCUGCUCCUCCGGUGACACGAUUUGCGCUUUUGGUCAACACUGUGAUCUUUGAGCUAAGAAAAGCAACUAUCAGACUCAAAUGUAAAAUGGCACAGUUAGCCAGGCGAAAUUUUCUCGAUUUGGAACGACAGAGAGAAGAAUUCCGUAACUCCAUUUCCUACAUGGAAUCCAGCUUCAUGUGGGAGCUGGGUGUACAGCUCUCCUCAGUCAUCCCAUAUACGGUUUAUUCUUCCUCUAGUUGGUUACUGGCCGCAAAGAAACUCACCGAUCUUGAUGAUGUUUCGAUAUUGAGUAUUUUGGUAUUUUUAGAUGGGUCUGAAAUACUAGCAGUAGCACAAGUCUGUCAUAAACUGCGCAGCAUUGUAAAGAGAAAUUUGAAUACUCUAGAAAGAAAGAAGUCCACCCUUUUUGAUGUGUACAUCGCUCUCAAUAAAGAAACAGGGCGGGAGGAUGUUCGUGCAUUGAAGCGCAAGCGUCUCUUGCAGGAUCCCUCUUACAAUGGUGCUUCACUACGUGACGUGGUUCCUCCUCUUAUAACUUGUCCACUUCGCAUUUUCUUCGGGAACAAAGUUUUGGUGGGCCACUGGAUCAGCGAAAUCAGCAGCCUGUAUAGCGAAAAACGACUGCUUCCCAUAUCACUUACCUUCACUGGCGGCUCGUUCACUAGAGGCACACAUCGUGCUGGGGCGGAUCUGCGAUGCUUCACGGAAACCGGCUUCAUCAAUUUCAUACGGCUGCUAUCACCAGAUUUGAAGGAAGUGCAGCUAUUCAAACUUAGCUUCACUCCUCGUUUUCUAUUCUCCAUGAUUAAUAUGCUGUCCGUGUUCGGAAUAGUCUACGAACGGCCCCCUCUUCGCUACUUCACAGGGGAUUUAUGUCAAGUCAUACAAACAUGGCAGAAUAGCUCACGAUCUCAUACUUGUGAAGUGUACAUCGCACGUCCUCAUGGAUCUGAAGAAAUGGAUACCGCACGCCUUUCUCGAAGGUGUUACGCUCACUUUACAUUUACAUUAGUCGUCACUAUCCGAAAAUGA